ACCGCGAGCGUGCUGAGCGUCGAGUCGUGCGUGUUUCUCGACAAUAUAUUGUUUGCAUCCAUUGUAUCAAGAAAAAUGACAUAGAAAAUUGUCUUUUACAGCCAUAACUUACGUCUAUCUCCUUUAUUGUUGUUCAACAAUAGUGUUUAUCGUAAAAAAUACAGAGUUAACCAUUAUAACGGGGCUGUUGUAUGAAAAUAAUGAAAUUUCACGCCGCCGCAGUCUUCUGUUUGAAUCGUGAACUUAGUGAAAUCGAUUUUUAGGUGUUAUUUAAUGAAAUUACAAAGGUGCUGGUGAGUGAUAUUGUUACAUAAAGGAACCUGUUUCGCGUACUCCCGUUGCGUAUAGUAGUCGAUGCGUUGGGAGCCUAAAUCGAUAUAAGUUAAUAAAAAAUGCAUAUUUUCCCCAUGGUUUCAUAAGUUCAAGCAUCGGGUCAAUACGACCGGUGUUGGUAGAAACAAAAUAUUUUCAUUGUGUUAAUUUAUUAGUGAUGACUGAAGUGGAAUUGCUUCGUGUAAUUUAUGUGUGAUAUUGGUGAGAUAACGACCCUGUUAUGUCGUGUGGAACAUUUUGUAGCCCAUAGAGGCGGGUGCACGUUCCCAGUGGACUGGUCUGGCAGCUGGUUCCAGUCAGGUUACCCUGGCCUGAUCAGCAUCAACUCCACUCACAUACACUCCAAGGGCGAGUGUGCAGAGACGGAGUCUUAUGACAAGUUUCUCUUGUAUGACAGGAGUGAUGACUGCUACCGAUGUAUGGUGAUUCACGAAAAGCACAAAUAUGUUCUACAGUAUAAAGAAACGUACUGUUACCCAAAAGACUCGUUAGCGUCAAUCUGCGAGUCGAUCAGCGGUGACGCACCGCUCUAUUCCAUGUUCAGGAAGGAACCGAAGCCUGUGCCAGUGCAGUGUCCUUUCCAUCCUGCGCCAUUUACAUUUACGUAUAGUCGGGGCUCAGGCGACUGUGCAAAUCCACCGUCUCGUGCAGAAUCUUGCACUGACGAUUCUCGACUGCUGCUGAGGUACAUGGCCUGCCCAGAUGUACCAGGCACGGAGAGCAAUGUGGAAGAACUCGUCUGCCUGGCGACCUGGAAGGAAGGGUCGACGAGGUACCUCGUGGGGCAGAUCUCCCAGGUGCAGAGACGAAAUUCCAUUGCCUCAGAUGAGGAUACUUAUAGAUGCUUCAUCUACAAAGGCCAACACAGCGGCGAGAAAAGCAUGACGUACAAUAUAGCGCAAUCAGGAGACGCUACUUGUAAUGGAUUGUCCUCGCCGACCGACGGUAGUCGCACUAUGAAACUUACCAACAGCGAUGACGAGCACAACCGCUGCCACUUCCCGAACUGGAUCGUGGACCAUCACAAGUGGUUCAGUUUGGACCACACGCACCAAUAUCACUUUACCACCAAAAACGCCACGCUCAAGAUAAUGAACACGGAUGGCACGAUCGAGGAGAAGCGAUUGGUAUGCCAUUCCAUCCUUGAGCAGAAGGACAAGAAGCAUAUUAAAUUAGUAGCACACGUUACUAGAGGAUGCGAGUCUGGACACGUGUGCCUGAAGUUCUACCGGCGGGAGUCGGCCGUGCUGGAGCUGCAGCAGGGAGAGGGGCUGUGGGAGGCGCCGCAGGACGCCUGCGCGGACGCACAGCAGCCGCCGUACAUCACUCUCAUCACUACUUCACUAGCUCCAAUGCGGUGCCCGAUCUUCGGGCGCUACUCUGUGGUGAACUCCUUGGCUGACAGAAGACGCAGGAGGCAACAGAUCACUAUAGGAGAGGGUGAGUCGUCGGAGGCCGCGGCGGCGGCCGAAUGCGUAUCCGGCGACUUCGACUCGGUGAGCGUGGGCUGCGGCGCCUCGCAGGAUACCAUCGAGUUCAAAUCCUCUUGCACCAGCACAGUGUACACGUGCUACGGCAGCUGGCUGGAAAACGGCGUGGGUUACCUCAUUGCGGCGAAUGCCGUGCGAGGUGCCUCGCACCAGGACCACCCGCAGACUUUCUGCUUCGUUUACACGCAUCAUUCUGUUAACGAGACGCGCGGCGGCGGCGUGCUGUUGCUGUCUGCGGUGGACCGCGCCUGCGACCGCGCGGUCGCGCCCGGCGCCGAGGGGGACAAGGCGUACAACCUCACUAUCAACGGCACAUGUGAACAAAGCAGCAAAUACAACAGCAUCGCAACGCGACUAGCACCGGCUGCUGCAUUGUUGACAUCUCUACUUGUUGUACUCAGAUGAUGUGAUGGGUCAGCGUAGGUUGGUCUUUAGUAACAGUUUUAUAGGGUAUUUGAUGACAGGCUCAUUUUGGUCCGUGUCCAGCGGUGGCACGGCGUUGAUACAGACACCGGAGAACUCAAAAUCUCUUUAGAGACCCGAGUUCGGCAAUGGGCUGUAUCAUUUAGACAUUUACGAGUAGGUUAGCGAUGCCGGGAGUGGGAUAUAGAAUCUUUAACUAAUUUCAAAUUUAACAUAUAGGGUUAUUGUAAAACACAAACAACUUCGUAGAACUAUGUUCAUAACAUCAUAAACAAGAACUUUUGUUCCAUUACUUUUUUACAAAUAUUUGCCAUAUAUAAACUUUUAAGUUUUCGUUGUACCAUCUGAUUUUUUUUUACAUCUAUAUUUGGUAGUACGGUACCAUGGCUAUCUUUUGUUACCGCACAGAGUUGCCACCGUUGAAGCGAUCUAUUUAAAUAUUGUUGUCAUUUUUGUACGAAAUUAAAUCUGAUGAUUGUUGAUACAAAGAUCGAACACAGAAAAAAUUCUUCGACCCGAUGGGACUUGAACCCCCCAUACCCACGCUGUACCAUGGUACUGCUCUUACCAACUGAGCUACAUGUCAAGUUAUCGAUUAUUCUCCUACGUGUUUCUCUAUCUUUGUUUAAAUGGUUGACCAUCAAACAAUCAUAACAAAUCAAGUGGGGUUAUGUGACAAAAAAAUCGCAAUAAUACAUUAUAUCUAAUACAAUUUAUUAUUAUUAUAAGUGAUGAAAUUGUUGUUUAUGUUAGUAACAUAGUCCUCAGACGUUCUUAGUAUUUCACGAAUAAAAUAAACUAGAACUCUGUAUACAUAAUACAUAAAAUUUAUUUUUAUUUAAACAUUUUAUAAGCCGAGCGAACACUUUCAUUCUAUAAUGAACCGCGAGGUUAUGCAAUUGUGUGCGUCCAUACACAGAGAGCAGCAGGUGCUCACACAUACAAGCCACCCUGGUAAGUUUGUAUGAAGUUACACUACUUGUCUUAUCUGUAUUUCGGAUUAAAAGGCAGAGGUGUCAGCUCAAUUACGGCUAUAGGCCAAUUAAGACUUUAUAUCCCACGGCCCGGUGUGUAGUAAACGAAGUUAAAAAGAAAUUCCUUUAGAAAUGGCUUUCUGUCAUCAAUUCUUCAUAAAAUUCUGUAUACUAAACAAUUGUUUCAUACCAGUGGUCAACGAAAAAAAAAUCAGAUCACAAUUUGUAAUU